CCUCUCUCCGCCUCCUCCUCCUCCGCCCCGUGGCCGCCUGUUCCGCUUCCGUAGCUUCCGGGGCGGAGCAGGGCUGGCCACCUUUGGCACACUGGGCUGCAGGCUGCCGUUUUUUUGAAUGGUACAAGUUUUUAUAAACGUUUGCGUGAAGCAAGAAGAGGAGAGAUGGCAUCUACAAAACAAAAGAUGAGCAAGAACAAAGAUGAUGCUCCCCAUGAAUUGGAGAGCCAGUUUAUACUGAGACUGCCUACGGAACAUGCUUCUACUGUGCGGAGGGCAGUUCAGUCUGGAAGUGUCAACUUGAAGGACAGGCUCACCAUAGAAUUGCAUGCAGAUGGCCGCCAUGGGAUUGUGCGAGUAGACCGGGCCCCAUUAGCCGCCAAGCUGGUGGACUUGCCUUGUAUCACAGAGAGUUUAAAAACAAUCGAUAAGAAGACUUUCUAUAAGACAGCAGAUAUUUGCCAAAUGCUUGUGUGCACUGUGGAUGGUGAACUAUACCCUACUCAGGAAGAGCCAGCUCCAGCGACUACUGAUGCUAAAACUCCUUCAAGUACUGAUGUCAAAGCCAAUAAGAAGAAAGACAAAGACAGAGAGAAGAAGUUCCUCUGGAAUCAUGGCAUUACUCUCCCACUGAAGAAUGUGAGGAAGAGGCGGUUCAGGAAGACAGCCAAGAAGAAGUACAUUGAGUCUCCAGAUGUGGAAAAGGAAGUGAAGCGCCUGCUGAGCACAGAUGCUGAAGCUGUCGGAGUCCGCUGGGAGGUCAUUGCGGAAGAUGAAACAAAAGACCCUGACAACCAUGGUUCACUCACAAGCUUGGAUAUUUCUUCUCCUGGGUUGUCUGGACACAAACCAAGCCAUGGUACUGCAGCGAUAGAACAUGCUGAGCUCCGGGAGAUGUUUAAGGAUGUCAGCAGUACCAGCAGUGAUGAGGAGGAGAGGGAUGACCUGAACAUCAUGGACACAGAAGAAGACUUAGCGAGGAGACUGCAGUGCAAGCUGAAUGAAUCAGAUGGGCAACAGCAAGAAAAUGAAGGGUCCAACCAGAUAGCCAUGGGAAUCCAGAAGCAGAUUGACAACCUGAAAGACAAGUUGCAGGAGACCCAGGACCGCAGAAAGCGCCAAGAAGAUCUCAUCAUGAAAGUAGAGAACCUAGCCCUCAAGAAAAGUACAGGAGCAACAGCCACAUUUCCUGCCCAUCUUGUUUUCCAGACCCGCCUCCAAGCUGUGCUGGAUGAAUUCAAACAGCAGGAAGAGCUAGAGAAGCAGCAGCUGGCCUCUCUUCAAGAGCAGCUAGAAGCCCUUAUGGAAAAGUGAGUCCGGCUUUGACACACCAAGCCAAUACAGAUGUGAUGCCAACUGAAAAGCUCCAGAGACUGCCUCCCUUUUUUGGGGGGGACCCUUUUUAAUUCACCAGUGUUAGACGGAUUUGGUUCUAUGGCUGGGAAGCAGAUCUCUGUCAGUUUUUGAUGUUUUAUUUGCACAAGGGACUGGCGUUUUGCAGCUAAUGGACCAGACAUGUGGACAGAAAGUACGAUCACUUGAGGGGAAGACACUGGUUCCCUCGAGCACACGCACAUGGUCCAUCUCCUGAUGAAGAUAGAAAAGUCUUAAUUACAGUCUUGGUCCUUAACAUUUAUUACAAUUUGCUAGAAGCCACCCAGAGUGGCUGGGGCAACUCAGCCAGACGAGCUGCAUAGAAAUAAUGAUUUUUAAUAUAAUUUAAAAAAAUAAUUUAAUUAUUUUACUUAAUGCUGAGCCAGCAUGCAACAUUCUCAUUUUUAUUUGUUAUUUUAAAAAAGCAACUUAAUGCUCCUAAGAGUAGUGUGAAAUUAUUUCUUUCCUGGAAGAGAGUUGUUAGGGCACAGUGCAGAAGUGACUUGUGAGAAGGAAAACACCACUGUUCCCAUCCUUCAUGUACUGACAUAUGUUGUCUGUAAGAGGUUUACCUACAAAAUAACAGCAAAUAAAAAUGUAUGUUUAUUGA